AAUUUUGUAUAAAGAGAGUUUGAGUCCCGGGAAAGGUUAUAGGAUAGUUUUUAACCCAAAAAUAAUCCCUUAAGGGUGUGAAAAGGAGGUGAAAGUUUCUAUGGCGAAUCAAUAACCGCAGAACCGAUUUAAAUUAAAUUUGGUAUGGUCUACAUCUUUAAUUUUACCAUGAUACCAUACGCGACUUAAAACCUAAACUUACACAUUUAUUAACCUCCGACAUCGCGAAGAUUUAUCUAAAUAAACAUGGCAAUAUUUCAGGAGCUGGAGAAGGGUAAGAGUCAGGUGUGCUCCCCGCUGUCGGCGCAGGCGGUGCUGGCGCUGACGGCGCUCGGCAGCGGUGGCGACACCCGCAAGGAGCUGCUCCAGGCCAUGGCGCUGCCCGACGAUGAGGCGAUUCGAUCCUUAUUUGGCUAUUUAACAUCGACUCUAAACUCAAUCCAUACAGUCAAGCUGCGUUUCGCCAACAGAAUAUACGUGUCGAAGCAUGGAACUCUGAAACCUGGCAUCCAGAAGGACUCAGUAGAAGUCUUCGGAUCUAGUCUGCAGCAGGUGGACUUCAUGGAGAAGGAGGGUGCCGCAGAUAGUAUUAAUAAAUGGAUAGCAGCAAAGACCAACAAUAUGAUCAGAAACAUAGUCUCUCCUGACUCGUUGCACUACGCUACCCGUUUGUUGCUGGUGAACGCCAUCUACUUCCAGGGAACCUGGGAAAAGCCGUUUGAAAAGGAUUUAACGAAAGAAAGGAUAUUCCAUGUAAAUAAUAGGGACACAGUCGAAGUUCCUAUGAUGUUUAUGGAUGAGGAAUAUUUUCGGUACAGACACAGUCCAGAGUUGAAAGCACAACUCCUGCAGAUGAAUUACAAAGGCCGUCAAGCAAGCAUGAUACUAAUAGUACCAGACGCAGUCGAAGGUCUGGGAGCCAUGCUGCAGCAGCUCUCAGACCACGACCUGAUGGAUGAAGUGGCUGUGAUGAGGGCCACCAGGACAGAAGUCAUGAUACCCAAGUUCAAGAUAGAAACUGAUAUCAACCUGGAGGAACUGUUACCAAAGAUGGGAAUCCAUGAUAUAUUCGAUCAAAACAAGUCAGACAUUCGAAUGUUUACAUCUGAUGACAGGAUGUGCGUGACGCAAGCCAUCCAGAGGGCCGUCAUCGAGGUGAAUGAGACGGGAACUGAGGCUGCAGCCUGCACACUAACCGCUAUCAGCGAGAUCUGCGCCGUCAUAGAACUGGAACCUCCGAAGCGUUUUGUGGCAGACCGGCCGUUUCUGUAUUUGCUGCUGGCGCGUGGUGUACCCACCUUCAUAGGCGUUUACCAUCAGUAAUAUUGUGGCAGACUUUAAAGUAAAUUUGGUUCAUUUAUCAAGACCCAUUAGGCUAACUAAAACCCCCAAAUUUCAUGAAUAAAGCUCAACAGGUUAUUAAGAAACAUCUAAAAAUCGAGAUUUUUUACUGACUGAUCUAACAUCAAAUCCUCACCGACUUCCAA